AUACUCUCUUCCCGAGGGAUAGUCUUCAGAAGCAUUUCAACCAUGAAACUAUCAGCAAACUACCAAUUCUGUUGACAAAACCCUUUGAUUUUGUACAGCACGUGUACUAUGCCUGGGUUUGACUAUUGAAGUGUGUAACAUAUGCAGGUCAACCAUGGCAGAGGGUAUAUUCAAUCACAUACUGAAAGAAAGAGGACUGCAAGACAAGUGGCUGGUAGACAGUGCAGCUACAUCCACAUACCAGAUAGGUAAUCCUCCAGAUGAUAGAGCAAUCGCGGUGAUGAAGAAACAUGGCCUGAGCAUGGAUCAUACAGCUAGACAGAUCACUGCUGAAGAUUUCACCAAGUUUAAAUAUAUUUUUGGAAUGGAUAAGGAGAACAUACAAGAUUUGAAGAGAGUUAAACCGAAAGGGAGUCCAUCUGAAAUUCUACUUCUGGGAAAAUAUGAUCCAAGAGGAAAAUCAGACAUUAUAGAAGAUCCCUAUUUCGAAUCUGGAAUGAAGCCAUUUGAAACAGUAUAUGAACAGUGCACGAGCAAGCUGUGAGAACUUUCUGGAUUCUGUGCAAAGUCAUGACUGGUACACGUAGGACUUGUCACAAG